AUGUUAGUUCCGGAUAAAUACACCGAAAUUCUUUCUUUUGAUUAUCUUUUCCCAAUUUUCAGCUCCGGUGGCAUCGGCGUGCUAAUGAACAUUGACCGUUUGUCCAAGCAACUUCAUCGUGAAUUGGGCCGUCCGGUUCAGGUGAGCGGACUCGUAGAUUCUGCCUGGUAUCUCAAUGUUCCGGCCUUUCGUAGGGCUGAUUGCACCAACGUCUUUGAGUGUCCUCCCGAAGAAGGCAUCCAUCGAGGAAUAAAGUAA